UCAAAGGCUGUGGACCCUGGGGCGUCGUGGGAUUCCACACACGGUGGGUGAGCACUUGGGACAUCCUUGUUCCGUGCCACCGUCUUGGGGUACUUGAGCUGUGGCUCCUCGGGGUGUCUCGGGGUUUUGCGCAGUGGCCUGUCGGGGGGCCUCUUCUGCCCUGGGGAGGAAGAGCCUGCUGUGCGUCGGGGCCUCAGUCGGUGGAACCCGGGACCCAGACUCGCCCCAGCGGAGGCGCGCAGCGAUGACGCACGGUCUGGCGUCUUAGCAACCCAGUUACUAGGGAGCGGCGCGCCGUCUGAGACAUGGAUGCGACCACUGCCCCGCACCUCAUCCCUCCGGAAAUGCCUCAGUAUGGGCAAGACAACCACAUCUUCGAGAUGAUGCAGAACCUGUUGGAACAGCUCCUGAUCCAUCAGCCAGAGGACCCCAUUCCCUUCAUGAUCAGCCACCUGCGCCGAAACAAUGACAACGUGCCGAAGGUCGUGAUAUUAGGUCCACCCGCCUCGGGGAAAACCACCAUCGCAAUGUGGCUCUGCAAACAUCUGAACAGCAAUCUCAUCACCAAGGAGAACUUAUUGGGAAAAGAUUUUUCCUAUCUGGCUGAGGAAGCCAAAAAACACUUACAGGUUUACAAGAGAAUUCCCAACUCGAUACUUAUCGGCCUGGUCCAGGAGAGCCUUAAUGAGGAUGACAGCCUCAGAAGGGGCUGGGUCCUGGAUGGCAUCCCUGAGAGGCGGGAACAGGCGCUGAUGCUCCAGACCCUGGGGCUGAUGCCCAAGCAUGUCAUUGUGCUUAAUGCUCCUGACACAGUCCUGAUUGAAAGAAAUGUGGGGAAGCGGAUCGACCCUGUCACUGGAGAGAUCUAUCACACCACCUUCGACUGGCCCCCUGAGUCCGAAAUACAGAACAGGCUGAUAGAGCCGGAUGGCAUCUCAGAGAUAGAGACAGCGAAGAGGCUGCUGGAAUAUCACAGGAACAUCAUCAGGAUCCUUCCUUCUUACCCUAAAAUCCUGAAACAGAUCAGCGCAGACCAGCCAUGUGUGGACGUCUUCUACCAGGUUCUGAGCUACGUCCAAACUGGCCACCGAAGCAAUGCCCCGUUCACCCCCAAGGUGCUUCUGUGCGGGCCCUUAGGCAGCGGGAAGAGCCUGCAGGCCACCCUUCUGGCCCAGAAAUACGGCCUUGUCAACAUCUGCUGCGGGCAGCUGCUGAAGGAAGCUGUAGCAGCCAAGUCAAACUUCGGGGAGCUCAUCCAGCCGUUCUUUGAAAAGCAGAUGACAGUUCCAGACAGUAUCAUCACCAAGGCUCUGGCCGAGCGUCUGGACCAGCAGGACUGCAUCCAGAAAGGGUGGGUGCUGCACGGCUUCCCGAGAGACCUGGACCAGGCACAAAUGCUGAACAAUAUGGGGUACAGUCCCAACAGGGUGUUCUUCCUGAACGUGCCAUUGGACUCCAUUCUGGAGCGGCUCACACUGAGAAGGACUGACCCUGUCACAGGAGAAAGAUUCCAUCUCAUGUACAAGCCGCCUCCCACCAUAGAGGUCCAGGCCCGUCUCCUGCAGAACCCCAAGGACUCAGAAGAGCACAUCAGGCUCCAAACCGACCUGUUCUACAGGAACUCUGGGGACCUGGAGCAGUACUACGAUUGGGCCAUCACCAUCAACGGGGACCAGGACCCAUACACGGUCUUUGAGUAUAUAGAGAGUGGGAUCAUUAAUCCUCUGCCCAAGAAAGUGACCUGAUGUGUGCAGAGCCAGGGGCAAGCGCUGAAGACACCCAAAUCCCUGCCCCCACCCACAGCUUUCCGCAGACCCCACCCAGCCAAUAAAGAGUCUAGACACAACCAAUAGGUAGCCUUCUUAUGGGGUCUGAGAACACAGGUCAGAGGAGGCCCACGGAGGAGUCCAGUGGAGUCCUGGAGGCUGGGCCUCCCUCUAGAUUCAGAGCCCAUCUCAAGCAGUAGCACUGUCCCACUGUGGGCAACUGAGUGGGUGCUAUCUUAGGGUCUCCAUUGCUGGGAAGAGACACCGUGACCACAGCAACUCUUAUAAAGAAAAACAUUUCAUUGGCGCUGGUUUACAGUGUCAGAGGCUUAGGCCAUCAUCA